AUGAAGGUUGAUGAGUUUAUCAACCUGACUCAGAACCGAUCAACAGUGACAAAGUAUGCUAUAAAGUAUGACAGAUUGGCGAAGUUUGCGCCAGACUUAGUGCCGACGGAUGCAGCAAGAAAGGAUAGGUAUCUCCACCUAUAUUGCCCGCAUGUUUGCUUCUAUAUUGCAGUCAUGCUGGCUGAAGAUCAAUUCGACCUGUAUAGUGAACCUGACACCGUUGCUCCUGCGAGCAACAAAAAGGGGAGUAGGCAACCUCGUGGAGAAAGCAGCAGCAACACUCCAACAAAAAAGGCUCAAACCAGGGAUCCUCCAGCAUUAGUUCCUUCUAGGGAAACAACACCUCCUCCAGCUCCCAUCAACCAAUCAUCGCCACUAGCCCCCAUCGACCAGACACGUCCUCCAGCACCUGCCAACCCAACUCCUCCACCUCCCGCUGACCAGACACCUCCUGAUCAGAUAUGA